GUGAUUGGGCUAGAGGAACUGCCAGUCCUUGGCGGAGCAUAUGCACGCGAUCUGGUAGCAAUACUUCUGCCUUUUGGACGUGCGUUGGCAUCCUAGCAACAUUGGCUCUCCCAACCCAGCCUCUUCGGUUAUCCCGCCGUGCUUUGCGUUGCUGAGCUUUGUCAUCGUUUCCCAUCGUGCCCCGGGGCUCGUAUACUCGAGCAGGGAGGGCGGCGCAAGAUGGCGGCGGCGCAAGGUAGAGGUCCAACCUCCGAGGCGGCCGGGCCGGGCGGAGUGAACGUGUUCGCCAACGACGGGUCCUUCCUGGAGCUCUUCAAGCGGCGCAUGGAAGAGGCCGCUGCAGCGGGAGGGAGGAGCGGAUCGGGAACGGGGAAAACAGGGGCCGAUAAGCAGAAAGAGACCGAAUCGCGGCCGGAGCCGCCCGGGGAACAGGAACCACCGGAAAAGAAGCGGAGCGGGAGCGCCCUCAGCUUCGUGGGCAAGCGGAGAGGGGGCAGCAAGCUAGCCCUGAAGACAGGAGUGGUAGCCAAGAAACAAAAGACAGAGGAUGAGGUUUUGACAAGUAAAGGUGAUGCAUGGGCCAAAUACAUGGCUGAAGUGAAAAAAUACAAAGCCCACCAGUGCAGUGAUGAUGAUAAAACCCGCCCUUUGGUGAAAUAACUUUAAUCUGCAGCCUGGACUGUCUCUGAUGUACAUAAUUAUUUAAAACGUCAAAGGAGAGUAGCUCUGCCCCACAGACUGAAUGCUGCCACGGCAGCAGGUGACUUGCCAUGCUUUUAUAUCUGGGAAUUUAGAGCCUCCUUCAUUGGUUCAUUUACUGUUUUCUUCUUUCUUCUGAGAACUAAGAACUUUGACUUAGUUGCAGGAUUUUUUUAUUUGUAAUCCCCAAAAUAGUGGAAAUGGUCUGACAUGUUUUUCCCUGAAUCACCAGGCAACAUACCUUGCCCGCAAAAUCUUUAGCAUUAAGCCUUUACUUAACACUUCCAGUACACCUGAAGUUUCCACCAUGGGAUAAACUAAGUGGAUCCAUUUUGCCAAAUUCAUUCUUUCUUGCUGUUGAGAUGAACUAAAAUGUGGUCACUACCCAAUCUGCAUUGCAGGCAGUGGUACUCCCAAAGCACUUUUGUUACCCUUAUCUAUACAUGAUGAAAGAUGAAUGGUGCUGGGUGCCUUGGUAUGCUUAGUAUCUGACAAUUCUGUGACCGCAUUUCUGCUCCUGUUUUUUCCUCCGUUUCACUAUUGCAGUGGGUUACAUGGUUUCAUUCUGAAUUCCAUUUGCUGCUGCUUAAGCCUGUUCCUUGCCUUCUGUUAUGCAUGCUCUAAUCUGUGCCUAUCUGCUAGUUAUGAAGGUAGAAACUUGGUCUGUACUUACAUCUAAUAGCAUGGGAGGAAAAUUGGCUAAAAUUACAACGAACUUGCCCUGGGACAAAUGGAAUUCCCAGAUAUCAUGAUUGAAACUGUUGACUAGGUGUCCCAGUCCUGGGCUUUGUGGCCAGAGUUGUGUGAAAGAAGCAAUUUUUUUAGCAAUUGUUUGCUGUAUGCAUGGAACCUGUUUCUUUUUCUUUUUUACUUAUUCUCUGUUUAGAUUCCUUAUACUUUUCAUGAAGUAGGAUUUUAGAGCUGAAACGUAAACUGUCUGCAGUGAUGUGAAUUCUGUCACAGAGUAACUGGGCAUGACAACUUCAUAGGAGGGCCUUGAGUUCAUUCCCAAUGAUUAGACUGAAGUCAAGAAAUGAGAAUACAAAUGAGACCCGUUUGUAGUUUAAUAUAUAGCCUCCAUUUUUUGUGAUGAGGGUGCAGUUGGGGCUCAUGAUUAUUUGUGCCAUCUUCUUUUCAUGGAACAGGCUUUGUGUCAGGAGAACAGAUAUAAAAUACCAAACUUCUGUGCAGUGCUAAACAUAGGAUACCCACAGAGAAGGAUUUUUACACUGAAGGAAGAGCAACUGAAGUUUUAUAUUACCAUCUAAGAGAGGCCUAAAUGGGUGUGUUCAAUGUUUUUGAACAGCCUUUAGGUCAAAUCUUUUACAUGUAAAUACCUUUCUCAUGAAAGUCACAACUCUCUACCAAUCGGAACACUUUUCCCGCUUAUGUAGGGCACUUGAAGUGUAGACAAUAUUUGCCCAAUCUGCUCUGGAGGGUUUGGGGACCCCAAAGCAGAUUUGGGGACACAAGGGGAGUAGUAAUAGUAGAAGAAGUUACAUUGUGUGAGUGGAAGUUGUUCUGUUCAUACAGUGACUUCAUAGGAUACAGCCAAUGCUCUUGUUUGAUGUUAAGUAUGGUUGCUGGAAUUUCAGUCAACUUGAGCCCUGCUCAGACCUUUCUUUGGCAUAAGAGCUAGAUGUGCACAUCUACAGGUGCAUAGGCUCUUCAGUGUGAUUGGGAAACCUGAUCACGUGGCAGAAACUUUCAUACACUUAACUGUGAGCAUAUAGAACCUCCUUUCAGACCUUCUGAAUAGGUGGCUGGGGGAGUUCACAUCAUCAUCCCCACCCAACAUUCAUUCAGUCUGAUGUAAUGUCUGAAAGAGGCUCAGGGCAGUCAUAUGUGAGACCUAUUUGCUGUUGAAAGCUGAAGCAAAGUUGAAGGCUUAAAUAUUUCACUGGUAUCUGGUUACCUGCCUGCUAUAAAGUGGUGGCAGUUUGCUUCUUUGUUCUACACUAGAUCAGACUCCUUUAUUGCUUUGGACCACCACAGCCCAGCUUAGAGCACUGAUAAUCAUUCUUAAUACUUGCUUUUUAAAAUAAAUUUCUGUUGUGAAUAUUGA